AUGGAGUGUAAUCCUCCUCAGUUACCUGCGACACGGGACUCCAGCUGCUCUCCACCGAGCUCCAAACAGGACCUCCCAACAUUCAACCCCAACAUGAAACCCAACCAGGUCAGCGAGACCGCCCUGUAUGGAAUACCCAUAGUCUGCCUGGUGCUGGACGGUCAGGAGAGACUGUGCCUGGCGCAGAUCUCCAACACUCUGCUGAAGAACUACAGCUAUAACGAGAUCCACAACCGGCGCGUGGCUCUGGGCAUCACCUGCGUGCAAUGCACCCCGGUCCAGCUGGAGAUUCUGAGGCGUGCGGGCGCCAUGCCCAUCUCAUCGAGGCGCUGUGGGAUGAUCACAAAGCGCGAAGCAGAGAGGCUUUGUAAAUCGUUUAUCGGAGCUCACAACCCUCCAAAACUACCGGAGAAUUUCGCGUUUGAUGUUUCCCACGAGUGCACGUGGGGGAGCCGUGGUAACUUUAUACCAGCCAGGUACAACAGCUCCCGAGCCAAGUGCAUCAAGUGCUCCUUCUGCAAUAUGUAUUUUUCUCCCAAUAAGUUCAUAUUCCACUCUCACCGAACAUCAGAAUCCAAGUAUACCCAGCCAGACGCUGCUAACUUUAACUCCUGGAGGAGACACCUCAAACUGACCGACAAGGGCUCGCCGGAUGAUUUAGCUCAUGCGUGGGAGGACGUCAAAGCCAUGUUCAACGGGGGCAGCCGGAAGAGGACGCUGCCCAUGCACCGCCACGGGCCCGAACGUUCCUCUCCGUUAAAAUCUCACCAAGGACCUUCCAACCUGCCCCGGAGAGACUCACCGGAAAUCCCCCCUAAAAUCCUCCGCUGCGAGGACAACCGGGGAGGCACGGGGAGUAUAGCGAGCAUCACGCGCAGCUAUCCCAUUAUCCCGGUGCCCAGCAAAAGCUACGGGAUGCUGCAGAACGUGAAGAUCCCUCCACCUCUCUUCCCACACCCAUACGCGUUUCCGGCCUUCGGGUUGUGUCAGAAGAAGGAUGACAGUGGUGUGAUGGUGGAGCCGAAUAAAGCCCACCUCUCUGGCGUCUUCUCCUGGCCGAGCACCAAGGACAGCGCCUACCACUCUUUCCCCAUGUUCUGGCCUACUGCAGACGGCCUGUCCAUACCGUCCUUCCCCCAGCCACAGCACCAGCCCAAACAGCCAUCGGAGGUCCUGUGCGCCAGACAGAGUGAGCAGGACGCAUCCGAGCAGAGUGACAGAAAUAGCAACACUCCAAAGGACAGUGUGGGGGAUAGUGAGCGGUGCUCCAGCCCUCAGUCUAACCGGAAUGAGGAUGACAAGUCCGGGGAUGAGGCGAGGUCAAUGGACGGUAAAAUGCCCGUUCUACCCCGGAAGAUUAGCUAUGUCUCCGCAUUCAGACCCGUCAUCAAAGACGCGGAGAGUAUAGCCAAACUAUACGGUAACCGGGGGAAGUACAACGGGGCUCGAGCUGGGUAUCUAUCACCUGAUUUCCUAAGCGAGAGCUCGAGCUACAGGUCCUUAUCGCCAGGCAGCGUGGAGAGCGUUGGCGAGACAGAUGUGGACGUGGAGACCAAUAAGUCACAGGAGGAUGAGGAGUCACUUCCGCACUCCAUUGAGGACUGCAGGAGCCCCCCUGUCCCUGUUCUAAGCCUGUCGCGCGGUGCAGGUUCACCAAACGGCCAUGACUCCAUACCUGAGUCAGAGCAGGCCGCUGUGGUCGAUUCACAGAGAAUGAACCUACCUAUACAGGUGGUGCUGUCUUCAAAUAGAGAUAGACAGGGCAAACAGCGGCGGGUCUGCAAUAAGACCACGUCGUUUGAUGAAGUGUGUUCACCGGACAGGAGCAGUCCAUAUGCUUUUGGUUCAGCAACGAAUUACCAGACAGACAAUGUGAAAUCGAAAGAUGACUGUGCCAGUAGAGAGGAGCCAUCUUCGACAGUGAAGGAGGUUGAAACGAAGUCGUAUAAUGGCCAAAGCCGGGAGGAGGGCCGGAGAGAAGCACUGAACGAGGGCGAGGAAGCUACACACAAUGUUAGCAUAAUCUCAGACAAACAGGUUCGUUCCUUUUCUACAGACGAAUUGCAGAAACAACUCAUGGAGCAAGUGGAGCUAAGGAAGAAAUUGGAACGAGAAUUCCAACAUUUAAAAGAUAAUUUCAAUCAUCAGAUGAAAAGGGAGCUGUCCUACAGGGAGGAGAUGGUUCAGCAGCUUCAUAUUGUGAGAGAAGCUCACGACGCGCUACACCAAUUCUCCUGUAAGAUGCUGACUCCUCGUCACUGCACUGGAACCUGCUCCUUCAAACCUCCUCUUCUACCACCCUAG